AUGCGCAGUGACGAUUCGCGGAUGCUACAACAAACCCGCAUAUUUCCUACAUUUGUAACUGUAUUUUUAGCGAUCGUGGUACACUUAAAUGAGAGGCAAUUGUAUUAGUCCAUAAAGAGUGCGCAGUCUCGAAUCAACUAGAACCAAAAGGGUUAAGUUUUCUCUCAGCUAAGGCUCUGCCUGCAUGGGUCGCUCUACUUGUGAUCUUAUUAGUUCUCUUCUAUCUACCACAGAAAGCCUUCCAUGCUUUAAAGACGUAUAAGUUCAAUGUAUUUAUGGGAAACCAGUCAAUAAAGACAGCCACGACAACAACAUUCCGUAUAAUUCACACCAAAAUGCCAAAAACACACACCAAAUGUCGAGGGACGAAUCUUUCAUACCCCAGAAAUGACAAAAUUCUUCGCUUCCCUGUGCCAGACAACAAGGUCUCCUGGGAUACGCCAUACACAGGAUAUAAACCUGUAGAUUACACGGCAGAUAGCGUCCUGAGUGGACCUGUAUGGGCAGAUAUAGAUGUCAGAAAACCCAGGACUCCGCAACCACGUUGGAAUACUGUAGAUGGGAAAAUAGACAGACAGAGUCACACCGGACAUUACGUCAUAGAUGAAUUUGGCGUCCCAAGAAAUCCAGUUGGUAGAACAGGUGUCCGAGGGAGGGGAUGUCUCGGUCGUUGGGGCCCUAAUCAUGCUGCAGAUCCAAUAGUAACCAGGUGGAAAAGAAAUGAAAAGUUUGAAGUAAUGAAAAAUACAAGUAAUAAUAAACCAGUUCUGCAAUUUGUGGCAAUUCAAAGACGUGAUACUGGUGAAUGGGCCAUACCUGGGGGCAUGGUGGAUCCUGGUGAACAAAUAUCAGUCACUUUAAAGCGUGAAUUUGGGGAAGAAGCACUUAACACUUUAGAAUCUAGCAAAGAUGAAAAAGAAGACAUCACUAGAAAAUUAAAUGAAUUAUUCUGUAGGGGAGAAGAGAUAUACAGAGGUUAUGUCGAUGACCCAAGGAACACAGACAAUUCGUGGAUGGAAACUGUGGCUUUUAACUUCAAUGAUGAUGAUGGUACCAGUGUUGGAAAAUUCAAUCUACAUGCAGGGGAUGAUGCAGUUGGCGUAAAAUGGACAGAUAUUAACAGUGAAAUAAAACUGUAUGCUAGCCACAAAAAUUUCAUACACGAGACAGCCAAAAGGCUAGGAGCAGAUUGGUGAUAGAUGAUAUUAAAAUUUAUUACCUGAUAGUGUAAUUCUCUGCAAUCUUAUUGGCCUAUGUGACGUGACCUCUAUAUAGCUAGUAUUUACCCAGGAUGGAAUUCAGAUACCAUGGAUUAUAUUUAGCACUAAUGGUGUUUAGUAUUUCUUAUGAACUCAAAAUAUCAUCAUUUGUAGAAAAAUUGAAAUAUCAUAUAUGCCCAAUAUACCAUAGAACUAUAAAAAAAACAUAAUUCAGCAAUUUUUCAUGUAGUUAAACAAUUGAAAAUACAGAUAAUACACCAUUGAACAAUAUACCAUGUUAUGGCAUGGCCAUGUUUUAGUGGUAAAGAGUGAACCAGCAAGGAAUUUUAGAGAAAGAUGGUCUUAGAACA